CUCUUCUCCUCUCAACCUUUGCUUAAAUCACCACUCUUUUCCUUCCUUCUCUGCCCUGUCUUUGACUCGUACACUAUCAAUUAUCUCGAACUUUAGACUUGUAGAACUCCACUUCCCGUCCAUCCCGGCAUGUCUGAACCGAUCAAAAAAGCACUCGAGCCUCAGCAGAGGUACGAUCCUCUCAUUAGACCAACUGAUGAGGCCUGGAAGACCACCCAUGAGCACUUCAAAGAUCUGCUCAGCUUGCCCACCACGCAGAUAGGGCAGGUCUUGGAGGAUUACUUCACAUCCCAUGAGCGGAAGCUUUUUAUGCCAGCUACGGAGCCUCGCAGUUUGAGAGACUGUCAAGAAGACAGCGCACGGCGAUAUCAAAGCUUGAUGACCAACAGAUUCAAAGGAUGCCGCUCCUCACUGGCGACGAAAUUCACGAUGCUUUACUUCGGUCUGCCUGUCGAGCCAGUUUUAUCUGAGCUGACACGCUUUUCGAAACCAGACUUUGUUGUGGACGACUGGGAUGAGCUACGUACUGUCGAGGUUCGCCCUCCCCUGCAAUUCUUGACUGCCCACGACCAGAGGAAUUUUGGAUACGACUACAUGAGAGGAAAAGAGGAUCAUUACAGCACCAUCCCUGUGGCAGCUUCCCAGAUGACAGGCGCCAUUGGCGAAGGGCUGAGCCUUCGCGGAGGGGGCGACGAUGACGAUGCCUCCAUGGCAGAUGCGAAAUAUUCGCCAAAUGACGAUGUAGGCCAAACCCUUGGCCCGUCAGAAAGUGCGAUGGCUUUAGAAAACGAAGAUAACGAUACACCGGAUGCCGGUUCGAGCGGUGAGACCUUCGAAAUGACCUCAAAGACCGGGCAACCAUCCCCAGAGUCGGACGAAACAAAUGGUUGGGUUCCUCUGUUUGGAUUCCAAGGCAGAGUCAUGUUCGACCCCGACGACAUGUCCACGUUCCAGGCAGCUGCCAGAAAGCUCCUCUCUCUGCGCCGACGGGAGCAAAGCGACAUUGUCCUCAUGGAAUUUGAUCUCGAGACGGCAGAAGUUGUGCACCAGUUCGAUGACAACAUCCCACUCAACCCUGUCAGUGAUCUUGCGGAACAUCUGGGACAGGCAACUAAGUCCGAGUCAAACUCGGCCUGGUUUGUGCUUCGCAGAGGCGAAGAGAUCCCCUCUGAAUGGGAACCUCCAAAGUCCUUCUUCUCAAGCACACUCAUCAAGUUGACUUAUGUUGACGAUGACGGGCGGGAAAGCCUCUCGUACUUCAAAGUGCCUGAUCGCAAACAUUUCUUUGGCUCCAUGCAAGAAGGCUAUAAAUAUCCUCCCACAAAAGUCUGGGGUUCCAACCAAUACAUGGUCUUCUUCACGACGGCACAAGAAGUGCUGGUGGGAAGGCCGGAUCGGCCAGGAGGAAACCACUGUGAUCUUGUCAUUUCACGUGAUGAUGACGACCCAGAGGGAUUCCCAUCACCGUGGUAUGGUGGUCUAGAAAUCCACCGCGAACUCUGGGACAUGAUGCACCCCUACAUCAGCAAGGGCAAAGCAUUCAGAGUCAAGACACGCCCCCUAGCCGACGAUACCGUUGUGUUCUACCUGCCAGGAAACUUGAACGACGCCAGCACUAUCAAGAACCGAGGGUGCCUUCGACGGACAGGCUCGAGAGACCCCUAUCCCGAUGCCCUGCAAAAGGUCGGCCUAAUGACGAAGAGCGUCAGAAUGCUCAUGGAGACCUCUUACUACCUUAUUUGGCGCGGAAUCGACUAUUUCAACCCACUGGUCAGUUACCCUGCUGGUACUUACGCCCCAGUUCGAUGGAACCAUCGGGAUAGAGAUUCUUCGAAACAAGCCCAGAAGACGUUGUCGAAGCUCAUUUCCAGCUCUGUCGACGACGAGGACGAGCCCUGUCAGUUCUUCGUGAUACAGCCGGUAGACGGACCCGAGGAACCAUGUACCAUUGAGUCGGUUGACGGAGAAAAGGGUCAGGCAACAUUCAACAUGAAGCCUCUCACUAUGAAAGCGUUGAAAUCCACAGUUGAAACUCUGUAUUCCGGAGACAAAGAUAUCACCUAUGACGCCGAAAAGGACAGCAUUCUCAUAGAGCCCAUUUUUGACGAAGAAACAUUUGGAGGGAGUUGGAACCCGUCCAGCUUUGUUCUCCGGCCAGAUGCCACUGACUCCGAGGCAGCCAUGGCCCGGCGUUUCCUCGUAUCUCAGUUGGCGCGAGUAGACGUCUUGAAAGAUGGCGAGUUGGACUUUGUCCAGACACUAGCUGAAGCAACCGAGGCAAAUAACCACUGGGGUCCUCGGUACGGCGAAGUGAUACCCUUUCGGAAAGAGCUGUCCUUGCCUGCAAUUGUUCCUCCUGGCAAGCUCCGCCAUGUAGUCUUCCAGGAACCGAAGACGGCGCCUCUAGCUCCUCGGAAAUCUGCUAACCCUUUGCCAAGAGAGCCCGAUCAGACACCCCGUGAGCGAAGCUAUGUGCAGCAGCCAAGCAUCUUCGACAUGGGUGUCUGGAACCCCUCCUUUCCGAUCAACGCGCCGCCCGUGGAGGCCGUCCUGAGGACUGGGGCAGGUCGAGUCCCUAUGGUUACCAAGAACGUUCUCACGCCCAGCGAGCAGCGGGAGCUACAGGAUAAAGUCUGGAGUCUUUCCAAGGUGAAUCUGGCUCGGCUCGCCGCGUGCCCGUACCAGGAAUGUCGGUUCACAUAUCGCCAAGAUGAAGACGAAACACUCCUCACGCAUCUAGAGAAGACUCAUGUCGAAGAGAAGUGCCCGUGGUGUGACACCCAGCUCUUUAGGCACUGGUCUUGUAAGCAGAAAGAAGAACACUAUCGAGACUCCCACGCAGACCAGUUGCGAAAAGUGCUUCAGCUUCCCGAGACACCCAAGUCAAGUUCAACUCAAACGAAGGUCAUCCCUCAAAGACCGCGCAAUAGCCCUUCGGGGGCUACGACAUCUCUUUCAACCUUCAGAAUCACCGACCAAACCAGACCCCCACUUGGUCCGUUGCCUCGACCAGAACAGCCAGCCAAAGCCAGCGAUAGGGAGAAAGGCUAUCGAUACUGUGAUCGUUGCGGCCGUGACCACAAGGAACUCAAGAGCUAUGAGGAUCGAAAGCAUCAUGAUCGUGUUUGCGUCCCCUUAGCUGAGGGAGCUGGGAGAUGUACAUUCUGCAAACUUUGCGGAGAUCGUGAGUGGAAGACCGAGAAAGACGCUAAAGAUAUUGCACCGUUCGACACGUAUCCGCACAAGUGCCACGGCACUCUUCAAGAGAACAAGCCGCAUUGUACCAAGUGCGGAUUCUCGAUGAAUAGGCUAUCAGAUGAGAAAAUUGACAAGCACCGCAAGUUCUGUGGAGGCUUCUAUAGUACUCUGGGUUGCUUCUGUCCGUACUGCCAGAAAUCCUUUGUAAGCGAUGGAACACAGGAACCUGUUGAUGACAUCAGGAAACAUAUCACGACUUGCCCUAAACAAGAAGGCGCUAAGCCAUCACCUUGGGACAUUUAUCCAGAGGCUCUCUGGAAGGAUGCUGACACGUCGGUCGACCCUCUCUUCGUGGGGGCCGAGAAGACCUCCGCGGCCUUAUUCAGACAACAGCGUCGUCCUCGCGCUUCUAGUCGCUAUCUCAGCCACCCCCUCAUGUGGCAUGAUAAGCCAGGACCAAUUCCUACAUCGGACCCACCUUCCGAGUGUCCUGCCCCCGGGUGUCGUGAACCUCUGUUCGGCCUGAUGCCGUCCGAGAUUCUGGGACACUUUGAAAAUAAGCAUCUUGGGGAGCCUCUAAAACAGUGCCCGCUCUGCCAUCUGUCGUUCAAGAGGCCCAAGGAAGAUUACGAGAAGCAACCGGAGCUCGGGGAGUGGGAGGACAGGAAAGAUCAGGUCUCACACAUGGAGUGCCACGUCUAUCAACUUUGGGACGUUCUGACCGGCACUAUUCGGCCUCCAGCCAUAGCCAGUCAGGAACCCUUCAAUCCAGGCCACAGCCUUUGGGAUCCCGAGAACGAGAGCGCACUGGACCGGCGCGACAAGCGCUGUCCUCAUUUUGACCAGUGUGGCGCUAUGGUGGGCUUCAUGAACCAGCUCCAGUGGAACGAGCAUCUGAAGAAGGCGCACGCUAUCGAACCCCUUGAGGCACAGGUGGUCCGCGACAUAGGCGCUGAACUUGCGGCUGCUCGCGAAGAAAGGAGACAGCAGAGAAUUUGCGAAGGAAAGAAUCCAGUUCCAGGUCUGGCACCGCUCAAAGACAUACGGGGUUGGGUGCCAGAGCCAGUUGCGACAGGCGAGAGGCAGACAGGAACAGGCCCUGCCGUCCGAUCCGGAGGCCAUCAAGGCGGCCGGACAAAUGAGCCCGGGCGGAUUCUUAGCCCUCCGCCUACAGGUCCCAAGAGGCCCGAAGCCGCCACUUUGGUGACCAGCCCUGGCCAAGGACCAAAACCGCCAAAGGGCCCAAGGAGUCUGAAGGGGACAAGAAAAGACACUACUAAAGAUCCCAAGAAGCAGACUAAGGACCCCAAGAAGAUCAAGGAAACGCCAACGAACGUCGGCAGUACACCCGCGGCUAAGUUUGUGCCGACUGCCGGAAUGUACUGUUCACGAUGCUUGCGUACGGUUCCCAAGACUAUCUUUCCUGGCGAACCUUCUAAACAAGAGCAGAUAGACGCACACUCGGAUCCAAGACGUAGCUGCCGAAUUUCAGCAAGACAAGGCCAAGUGGAAAUUGACCGUGAAGAUAAGGGCAUAUUGCCAAGCAAAGUAGGUUGGAUCUCGAAGAAGGAUAUCAAAAAGGCGGGCGCUGUGGUCGAACUUAGACAACGCUUUGUCAGAGACAACCCGGACUUGAAGAGGACUAUCUUCCCCAAGGAUAACAUUUUUACGUCUGGGAGGAAUUUGUGGAUUCGGGAUCCGAAUCAUCCCGGCAACCAAGAGAACUGGGGAUUGCGUUACCGGCCUGGAAAUGACGACGACAGCGAUAAGAGCGAGGACGACGGCUUGCGGAAUUACGUACCAGGAAAUGAGGACGAGGAGGAAGAGAAUGAUGACGAUGACGAUGAGUUGAAUUCGGCUGUCAAUGAGGAUGAUGAAGAGGACGAAGGGGAUGAACAAAGAGCUGAGAGAGAUAGAGAAGACAACGAGGACAAUGGUGAGGAGCUGGCCAAUGGCGAAGGCGGCUUCGGGAACCGGACUAAACAGAAGCGUAAGCCGUAUCGUGGAUCUCUCGCCCACGACCCAACAUACCGAGACCGUGGGGAAGAGGACGAUCUGAGCCAGGCUAGCGACACGGAGCUGGUGCCGGAGAGUGGGGAUGAUGGAGCUGAUGCUUCUGGUGGAUCUUCCGGUGAGAAGCGGAAGCGCGAGACCGGGGAGUCAUCAGCACAGGGCAGUAAGGGGGGCAAGGACAAGACACAGGAGAGGCAUCGUAAGAAAGCCAAGGUGAACGCGAGUGCUCAGGGGCGUUGAGUGGUGAAGUAAGCGUGAGUGACUGCUAUGAUAUGGAGAUCUUAUAGUAGACAGUUAUAAUCCAAUCAGAGCUUCUUUAGUUGAGCUCUGGGGUUAGUAAAACCAUCGGAGAAUAGCUUCAUCUGCAGAAUGGUUUUGGUGGCUCCUUUGAGUGGCAUCCUUCAGAUGAUUGACGAUCCACUCAACUGAGCAACUACCUCACUGAUAAUUGACUUGUCCAUGAUUGGUCUACUUAGCAAGAAGCCCGGGUGGUUAGGUCGUCGCCGAUGGCCUGGGACGUAUGCAGAGGUUCAAUUAUAGUUGCGGGGAAGCAAGUAUCGGAGUAUUCUGUAUCCGUACACAUGCAGUAUUCAGGAAGUAGAUAGUCGUAAC